AUGCCGAUGGACCUUAAUGCGGCAACCGAGAUACGCCACAUAAUCCAAGGGCACAGCACCGGUGUCCGCUUCCUUAAGGUUGGGCCCUUGGUCAAGGCCAAGUUCCAGUCAUACGGGAGGGGCAAGCCGGGGGAUUACGCCGACCUCCUCUUUGUCUGCACACAUCCCGAGUACAAGGAAGAGAUUUGCCGUGUACGCCGAGGUGGACACUACCACGAAGCUGAAUCGACCAGCUUCACCAAGACAACCGACCUCAUUGAUGCGGGCGGUGCCCCCGUAGAGAUCAAUAUCCUAGGCUCGGAGUCCGGGAUUCCUAAACUCGUCUCCUCCAGCCUAGCUGGUACGGAUCGGUUUGCUGCCGGCGAUAAAGAACCUGUGACGCUCCCCGUGGGAAUCCCACGGUUACAAUGGGACGGCGGCUUUACGAUUUCCCAUGCGCUCGGCUUGGGGCCUAACUCAACUUACCUUAACGCCCUGGUAGCGGCACGCCAGAUCCCUUCCAGAGUAUGGUCCAUCUUUUGGGGCCGCAUGUGGACGGGUAGUGCGGACAUGGAUGGCGGAAUCGUGCUCGGCGGGUACGACAAGGAAAAGGUGAUUGGGAAGAACUUUACGGCGCAGCUUGAUUAUAGCGAGAAUAUGGGGUGCUGGACCGGUAUGAGGGUCAUUAUCGUGGACGUCAUCGCCAACUUUCCGUACGGGGCCGAUGUGAGUAUCAUGUCAGGCAACCUCCCGGUAAGGUCCUGCAUUGUUCCACAACGCCAGCUCUUGUGGGAAGUCCCGGCCGAUAUCGCGACCGAAUUGCGGAAAAAGACGGGAUUGGUGUCCUCUUCUCCUGCCAUGUCACAAACUGCAUUCCACGCACUCGCCACGAUGCUCAACACGACGGCAACUGGUUUAGUCUUUGACGGCGACUUAACCUUUGUCCUGUCUUCGGGUCUCCGCAUACGGGUGCCAAACAACCAGUUAAUCGUCCCUCGAAUUGGGUAUGCCGAAGACGGUUCCCGUGUCAUCGACCAAUCUCAAAAGGACCUCCUUGUAUACUCCGUUACGGGCAACCAGCCAUCAACCCUCGGCCGCUACCUCGUAACUGCGGCGUAUCUCAUGAUAAAUCACGAAGCCGGCACAUUCACUAUGUGGCAAGGGAAUCCAUCACGCAAGAGCACUCUAGUUCCGGUAUCCCAAACUAGCGAGCAAUGCAGUCCAGAGAGUAGCGGAGAUGGUCUCGGAACCACCGACAACGGUAAUAUGGAUGGUGGAGGGAGAGGCGGUAGUAGUGGAAACAGCGGGGGACAAAACGAGCCCGAAUCGGAUCCUACAACGGAGACAUCCGUGAGCGUUGGUACAAUUGUGGGCGCGGCCGUGGGCGGCGCAGCAGGCCUGGCUUGUAUUGUGGCCCUGGUGGUGUUCUGCCUGUGGAAACGACGGCGGCAGCGAGGUACGCGGACCGGUGGCUUCCUACCGGAUGACGGCCCCGUGGCACAUAUCGAUAACACGGAGCCAAAGGAGAUCGGGAGCCUACCACCCAGGGUCACGGAAUUAGUAGCAGAGAGCCUCCGUCCAGAGCUCAGCGGUGAUUUUCGAGGGUAUGAGCUACACGGGUCUGGACCGUACGGAGGAGUGCUGAACAGGGGGGGUGGAUAUUAA